AUGAUGAGGUCAACUAUUUUCUGCGGCAGCACAUGUUUUUACGGCAUCUACGAUAGCGAAGUGGACAUGUGCAGCCCAUUCCUUGCGGUUGGCAGGCGAUCAUCGAAGAAGUUUGGCAUGAGUCAGCGCAUGACGUUGCACAUGCGGGCGUACACUGCGAUACCUAGAAUGCGUAUUGAUUGGCUCGGCGAUUACGCUGCUUCUGAAAUUUCAGUCGUACUUGAUUAUGGACCAUGCAUUGUGUAG